GUCUCUAGGAAAACUACUGGAGCUGCAGUUUCCUAGGCUCCCAGUGGUCUUUCCCCGGGCCUGUCCACUGGGAGCGGAGGGGCCAGGGGCUGUUGGGAAGAACGACGCUGGCUUUCAGGAUAGCUUUGCCCUGGAUCCCUCUUGCCGGAGCCGCCCUGGAGCGUGCGGAGCUGGAUGGACUUUGUGAUGGGCUCUCAGUGCCCUGUUGGCACUCUGAGCUAGAUAGUUCCUGGUUGUGAGGGGCUGGCUUGUGCACACAGGGUGUUCAGCAGCGUCCCUGACCUCUACCCACUAGAUGCCAGUAGCAUCCCCUACAGACAUUGUCAGAUGUGGGAGGAAGGGAUGUAGAAGUGCCCCCCACACGGCUUUGAACCACUGGGCGUACUUGUAAAUGACCCUGCCUUCUCGGCAGGAUCUCGGCAGCCUGCUCCCCACUGCAGGGCACUGCCUUAAUUUGGAGGCGAAUGCAGACAGCUAAACAGUGUUUUUCCUUGCAGGGCUCUGGGGUGAUCAAGGCUGGCUUUGCAGGAGAUCAGAUUCCCAAAUACUGUUUCCCAAACUAUGUCGGGCGCCCAAAGCACAUGCGGGUGAUGGCUGGAGCCCUGGAGGGGGACCUCUUCAUUGGACCAAAAGCAGAGGAGCACCGCGGGCUGCUGGCUCUGCGCUACCCCAUGGAGCAUGGUGUGGUGCGGGACUGGAAUGACAUGGAGCGCAUCUGGCAGUACGUCUACUCCAAGGACCAGCUGCAGACCUUCUCCGAGGAGCAUCCUGUUCUCCUAACGGAAGCCCCGCUCAACCCGAAUAAGAACCGGGAGAAGGCGGCAGAGGUGUUCUUCGAGACCUUCAAUGUGCCGGCCCUGUUCAUCUCCAUGCAGGCCGUGCUCAGCCUGUAUGCAACAGGACGCACGACAGGAGUGGUGUUAGACUCAGGGGACGGGGUCACCCAUGCUGUCCCUAUCUACGAGGGCUUUGCCAUGCCGCAUUCCAUCAUGCGGGUGGACGUUGCUGGCCGCGACGUCUCCCGCUAUCUCCGGCUGCUGCUGCGCAAGGAAGGCUUCGACUUUCACACCUCAGCGGAGUUUGAGGUUGUUCGGACCAUCAAAGAGAGAGCCUGCUACCUGUCCAUCAACCCGCAGAAGGAUGAGGCUCUGGAGACAGAGAAGGUGCAGUACACCUUGCCGGAUGGCAGCAUGCUUGACGUGGGGCCAGCACGAUUCCGGGCCCCCGAACUGCUGUUCCAGCCAGACCUGGUAGGGGACGAGAGCGAGGGGCUCCACGAGGUGCUGGCCUUCGCCAUCCACAAGUCGGACCUGGACCUCCGCCGGACGCUGUUCGCCAACAUCGUGCUUUCAGGAGGCUCCACGCUGUUCAAAGGCUUUGGCGACCGAUUACUAAGUGAAGUGAAGAAGCUUGCCCCAAAGGACGUCAAAAUCAAGAUCUCGGCCCCUCAGGAGCGGCUAUACUCCACGUGGAUCGGUGGCUCCAUCCUGGCCUCGCUGGACACUUUUAAGAAGAUGUGGGUCUCCAAGAAAGAGUACGAAGAGGAUGGCGCUCGUGCUAUUCAUCGUAAAACCUUCUAGUGCCCAAGGAGGGGGCAGCGUUGGGAGAAUGGGAGGAAGAGAAGCCAAAGUCUUUGACCCUUUCUGUCUGGGCCCCCUGCAUGCCCCGACCCCGGGCAGGGUGCAGCAGCGCCUCCCUGCAGCCCUCCCACAUGCACGCACAUACACAGGAACGUUUAGCUGCAUGGUGGGAGUCUGGAUUAUAGGAAUUGGGGAGCCCAGCCUUCAGUGGUUCUAGGGGUCCCUCUUGGCAGGACCAAUUAAGCCUAUGGUUCCUGCCUCUAACCCGUGGGGCUGCUUCCCUGAGCUCUAAGGCCAGACACCCAAAUGCCCCCAUUUCCUCUGACAGUCCCUCCCAGAGCCGGGGUGCCUGUGUAAGUAGCCUUGGGGAGUGGAGUAGAGGAGGGGCAGCCAGCAGCUCCCACUGGUGUAUCGCUGUUUUUCAUGCCGCCUCCUCUUCCUGACCUGACAGGGUGGCGAGAAGGCCAGCUACUCCUAGGCAUCCCCGACCUUCCGCACUGUCCCCCCGUCUUCCUGAGUGGAUGCCUGGGUGCAGGCUUAGUCCUGGUAGCCUGCCCUCCCCAGUGAGGGGUUCUGGCCACGGUUGGGCGCUAUAGAGCCGGGGCAGAGUACGCUGGGGGCUUGGGCAGCCAGUCUGUUACGCUCUCCCCUUCAAAGCACUUCAUUGACUUGCUGCUCCUCCUCCUUUACCCCAGUACCGGAUGGGGAAGGGUUAAUGGUCUUUGCUGGUUGAGGGGGAGUCACUUAAUCAGGAGUCGGACCCAGAGGGGUGAGAGGGCACAGUCCUCUCCCAUGAAGGUCUUCAUUACCCUGGGGCCAGAGCCCCACCGCCCCCUCCCAGAUAUGUAUAAUAAUUUAACACAGUUGCCUGAAAAAAACAUUUUUGUAAAGCAUCAUAGUAAUAAUUAUGGACAAGGCCCAGUGUGUGGCCGUUUUCU